CAGAGGCUAGCACGCCUGCCGCUCUCCGCCCGCAGCCCUUUGUCUCUCUCGGGCUCCCGUCCGCCCGCCCCACCCCUGCGCCCCCAUUGGUCAGGGCCCGGGCCCGGAGAGGAGGGAGCGAGUGGGCGGGGCCGCGUGGCGUCAGCGCAAGAUGGCGGCCUCGGCGGCGCUGUUCCUCCGCUUGCGGAGCGCGCUCCGGCUCGGCGCGCGGGGGCUGUGCGCGAGGCUGGCGACGCCGCCCCCCCGGACCCCGGACCAGGCCACGGAAAUUGGGAGUCGCACGGGCACCAAGGCCCAGGCUCAGGGGCCACAGCAUCAGCAGGGCACAGAGGGUCCCAGCUACGCCAAAAAAGUCGCACUCUGGCUUGCUGGGCUGCUGGGGGCCGGUGGGACUGUGAGCGUCGUCUAUAUCUUUGGAAACAACUCUGUGGAUGAAACUGGUGCCAAGAUUCCCGAUGAAUUCGACAAUGAUCCGAUUCUGGUACAGCAGUUGCGCCGGACGUACAAAUAUUUCAAAGACUAUAGACAGAUGAUCAUCGAGCCCACCAGUCCCUGCCUCCUCCCAGACCCUCUGCGGGAGCCGUACUACCAGCCGCCCUACACACUGGUCUUGGAGCUCACGGGCGUCCUCUUGCACCCUGAGUGGUCGCUGGCCACUGGCUGGAGGUUUAAGAAGCGUCCAGGCAUCGAAACCUUAUUCCAGCAGCUUGCCCCUUUGUAUGAAAUCGUCAUCUUUACAUCCGAGACUGGCAUGACUGCAUUCCCACUCAUCGACAGCGUGGACCCCCAUGGCUUCAUCUCCUACCGUCUCUUCCGGGAUGCCACAAGAUACAUGGAUGGCCACCAUGUUAAGGACAUUUCGUGUCUGAAUCGGGACCCGGCCCGUGUAGUCGUCGUGGACUGCAAGAAGGAAGCUUUCCGCCUGCAGCCCUACAAUGGCGUCGCCCUGCGGCCCUGGGACGGCAACUCCGAUGACCGGGUCUUGUUGGACCUGUCUGCCUUCCUUAAGACCAUUGCGCUGAACCGCGUGGAGGAUGUCAGGACUGUGCUGGAGCAUUACGCCCUGGAGGAUGACCCCCUGGAGGCUUUCAAACAGCGGCAGAGCCGGCUAGAGCAGGAAGAACAGCAGCGCCUGGCUGAGCUCUCCAAAUCCAGCAAGCAGAACCUCUUCUUCGGCUCUCUCACCAACCGCUUAUGGCCUCGCUCCAAACAGCCCUGACUUCUGAGCCUCCUCAGACUCACUGCCUGGGUCCUGGGCCCCAGGCCCCAGUGCUCCCAGACCAUGGCUUGGGCAGCCACAUCCAAUAAAGUCCAUCCCAGAUGCCACACUCCUGUGUCCGGAGAGUCUCCAGCUGGGGGCAUCAGGGUGAGGUCCGGGACUCUUGGGUCAUCAUCCCACGGUGGCCGAUGGGCUGCCCAGCACGGAGUAGGUCCUUUGGUGGAUCAGGAUUAGUUUUGAACCCUGGCCUGGGAAUCCGCAAACCCGGGUCCCUCUG